CUUCAAUUUGUGGGAGGGUGCGUUAUCAAAUCUUUUUCACUUCCGCCAGUGACUUCCGCUCAUCGUUAGAUUCCGCGCGUACACAAAACGAGAUAUCGCGGGAAACCUAAAUUGUGAAUUUCCAAGUAAACAUUUCACAUAUUUAGGGAAAGAACUUCAUUACAACACGGUUUAAAUUGAUCAAACUGUUCUGUGUUUGAGAUAACUUUUCCAAUAAAUGAAUGAAUGUCGUCUAUGGGUAAUAUAAAUGAGUGUCUUCACUCGUAACAUUCGACACUGACUAGUACUGGCUCAAGACUGGCAAGUAAACUGCAAAUUGUGUAUGUAUACAUUUUCUUUUCUCUCUGUACAUUUUUUCCAUGGUUUAGGUUCUCUUUGCUGUAUCAUAUCAGCUAAAAAACCUUCAAAACAGGACAAAGCUUCUAGACUGAUAAAAUUCUCAAGAACGUUGCAUGACAAAUAUUUACACUCCUUGGAAUUGGAACUUUAUAUUUAUUCUUUAUAUUUCCAUUUUAUUAUAAUAUAUAUGCUUAUCACCUUUAAUACAUAUUUCUUCUUUGCAAUAUUUUUUCAAACAUAGAUAUUAAAGUAAUUUACAGUAUUUAGUUUAAAAUGCUUUCACUCGCUGAAAUGACAUUCAGUUUUUCUGAUGUCAUAUGGAUUACAUUUUAAUACUGGUGAAAUGUAUAUAAUAUAUUCUGUCAUGAGAUUCAACCAGGCUGUAGAUAUUUUUAUUGUAAAAUUUCAAAUUGCAGCACUACUGCAAGACAGAUUAGUUAAUUGAUAUAUAAUAUAUUUUCAUUUAAAAUCUUUACUGUAACUCACUUUGAGAGGGAUAUUUUGUAAAAAAUUCCAAGUCGUAAUUGAACUCCCUCCAGUGGUGUGAUCAGUGCUCAUCAUUUAUUCGCUGUACGCUUGCGUCAACACUAUACCUGCUUGCUUUUUGGAUCAUGGUUUUGCUCGACGCGAAGCUAUUGGGGAUCAAUAUUUCUCCAUUUCUGUACGAAACUGAUGAACACUCGGUCUUCAACUGCUGGUAGAAAAUGCCCGUAAGUGCAGUAUUUAUUGUUUGUGACAGAAUUUACUACGCCAGCAAAUACAAGCAUCAACACGACUCCACCUUUGCCUCGAAUCAUAAAUUGAUCUCAAACACGGCUAUUUAUGUUUUCUUAUUUUAUAAUUCAACUUUUACACUGUUAUUAAGACUUUCUAGUGUUUAUUUAAUUGAGCUGUGGUUGAUAAUAAGCAAUGAAGUAUCGUAAAAGCAAGAAUUUGGCGUGAACAGCAAACUAGUGUCUACAUGCCUCGAAGCCUUGUAUCGUGUUGUCUUUCACAACGCAUUUUGAAUCAAGCUUUAUUUUGUUGUAUUUUCCCUAGCAUGACCGUAGAUUGCUCGUCCCAACGUUCAGAAAAUCACUCCAUCGUCUCAGGUCGUCAGGCAAAGCUAAAAAAUGGCAAGAGCAAAGAAAUCUCGAAGUUUGAAAUUGAUUUAAAAAGAAAGCCUCCUAUAGACGGCGUCGAUGAACAAGAACCAAAGGGAAAGCUUCCUCGUCAGGAUAAAAACUUCAAUGUGAAAGAUGAUUUAACUUGUGGAGUAACCACACGAAGCAAUGUUAGACCAGGGAAACGAAGAAGGACUCAAACACCGGAGAGAUCGCUUAGUGUAACUCCAGGUAUGUACUUAGAGUGUCUAGAGUGAAUUAGUUAUGUUUUGCAAGCGCCAUAUUGAAUUCAAAAUGAAAUGUAAUAGUGACAAGUUGGGUGAGAUAUUAAGAGAUUGAUUGUAAUCAUCAAAUGCUUCUGUAUUUACAAUUAAAUAGGCAUUAAUAUUAUUAGGAUUCUUCAUAAAAAUACAUAUUGUAAAUACCAUUACAAUCAACAAUGUCAUCUGGUACUACAGUAGCAAUAUUGAAAUGUGCAUGUACAUCAACUGCAUAAAAAUGGAUUUUUCCAGAAAAGAUGCACACUCCCCCUAGGGAAGGUGUGAAAAAUUUUACUUUUGGUAAUAGUUAAAUGUACUAGGACGUCCGAAGAGUUGGGGAGGUACGGGAGGUGAGGAUGUUUUCUGGAAUGGCCCAAUGGAGAAAAGGACCGACAACAAAUAGAUGUUGCACUGCAAUCUCGGACUUGUUUGCCAAUAGGGAAGAGGAAUUUUCUUGUGAUGGAUCAGGAUGUAAACAAGUGGAUAAGUUAUGAAUGUUCAGAUGAGUGUACAUGUACUCCAAACAUUCGUAACUUAUCUACUUGUUGACAUAUAAAAUCACAGCAAAAAUUGAAAGUGUAAACGAGCCUUUUUUCCACCCUGUUGAUGAUUAUAUUAUCACUAAGACCGAACUAUGCUUAUAGCUUUCCAACUAUUUUGAAUUCAACUUUAACCCAUGAAAGCACAAGACUUUCCCUUUACGAGUAAAAUCGUCUGGCAUUAGAUAAAGUAAAAUUAAUUAAAGUGAAAAAAUAGUAAAGUAAAAUAAUAAUAUGGCUGUAUUGCAGCUUAAUUAAUGGGUUAACAAAACACAUUUAACGUGACAAGCUUUUAAUAAGACAUUUUCCAAAAAUUUGCCGCUGGGAUAGAUCUGCGUUCCAUUGUCCAGUUUUAAAGUUAUCGGCAUUUGAACAGCGGCGUACAAAAAGUGUGAAAGUUCGAAUGCCGAUAAUCCCAGAACUAAUGUAACAAUAUAAAUCAUAAGACUGGCUUCUUAACAUGUUAAAAUUUCUGGUAUUGGACAGAGUAAAAUAAUAAAGUACAUUUGGGUGCAUUCACUGCAUUGGCAUGAUUUUUUUAGUAAUAUGAUACAUGCACUAUUCUCACUAAUAAACAAUAUGGUAACAAACUCAUAAACAGGAAAGUAUUGUAUUCCCGUUUGUGAGCUUCCAUGAAGCAUGCAUUUGAAAUUAGGUUGUGUUUUGCUCAGGGAUGCCGGAGCAAUGUGAAGGCAAGGGGGGCAGAUUUUCGCCAUGAUUGGGGGCAUGCAAAUGUAACAAUUUCUAGGGGUACACCGGAACUCAGUUCUGGCCGGUUAGUUCCAGCCGGAACCCCGAUUUUUCAGAGUUCCAGUUCCGGCUGGAACUAAUAGAACAAGCAUGGCUGGAACCGGAACUCUGUUAUUUUCAGGGAGAUAGAAUAUCAAACGUUUUUGUGUCUAACAAAAGUUCACAGUAGGAAGAAAUUUGGAUUACACAAGGAAAAUAUACACCAUUAACACGUUAUUUGCGAGUAGUUUAUUCUAACAUUUGCAAGCUCUCUCCUUGAUGACUUGAAGUGUCUGCCUGUCUGGUAGCAGACAAAGUAACACAUGACUAUUUAUGAAUUAAUAAAUCAGUUCUGCUUCCAGCCGGAACUUCCGCCAGAACUUUUUUCCUGUUCCGACCGAAUCUGGUUCUGGCCGGAACUUUAAAAAUUGAUUCCAGUGCACCCCUAACAAUUUCACAUGCAAAACAAUUUGUUUGAUACCACAUAAAUGUUAUUUUGAGCAAAACAAAAAGUUUUUGUUGGCAAAUUAUGUGGGAGAAACAUUUUAAAAGAUGGUUUUGCACACUUCACAGAAGCUUGCAAAUUUUUACAAUAAAAUAAAGAAAUGGCUAAAGGGAGGGGUCAACUUCCUAUUUCCUUCUUUAAAAUUUCAGUGAGUUCAUGAAUAAUUCAAUGUUAGGUUGUUACCAACCUUUUUAGCAUGCUUGAUGUUCUAUUGAACGUUGUCCAGUUGGGGGGGCAGGAAUAGAACCUGCAGCCCUGUGAUUCUGGUCUACAGUGUCCAGUUGUCGAGCUCUAAACACAAAUUCAUGUAUAUAUAUACUAGGCUACUGCCAUAUUAGGUUAUGGGUAAAUAUUUUGUUGGCAUCACACUCAAUUGAAUAAGACACUUUAAGUGAUUGUAUUGGGCCUUGUAGUUAUAUAUAAAAUAAACUAUAAUUACUACAUAAAAAUAGGAAUUAUUAAAUAUAAAUAAUACCAAUUGAAUAAAUUAAGUUGAAGGGUGUUGUUGCAACCCUCGAAAUUCGCCUCGGCACUCGGCAAUUGCCGACGCAAAUGUCGAGGCAAGUUACGAUUUUUCAUAGUUUGCUUCGGCAAAAAAAUGCCGAGGCAAUUCCACCCGUUGUACCUUAAAUUACAAACUACAGCGUCUGUUCGUUUUUUUGCUUAAAUUUACAAACUAUACAGUGUUCGUUUUUUGUAUCACUUCUUUGUUCGAAUUGUUGUCAUCGACGUCGGGUGAACAACAGAAGAUUUCAUUCAUAGCUACUUUACAAAAUACCUAAAUUUGAGCUUUUCAGCUUCGGCUGAAAUAAAGAACAAUCUUGAUGGUUUAAAGACGGCACGUCGAGAAACUUUGUUUUAUCUUUUAGACUGUCGCGUGAUUACCGUCAAGUUUAUUCUUUCAUAUACAAUUUGUUGUUAAUUACCCCUAACUUUUUAAAAACAUUUUGAAUCAGGAACUGCCGACGUGAAUGCCGAAGUAAUUGCCGAAGGAAUUUAAGGUGAUUUCAUUGCGUGCCUCGGCAAAAAAAAUUACCGAGGCAAACUCAGUCGAAAAUUAUCAAAAGACUAAGGCAAUUAUUUGCCGAGGCAAAAAUAGUUGAAUUUCGAGGGUUGUGUUGAUGGAAAUUAUCGGGUGGACAUUUAUAUACAUUUAUUAGAAUUUCACCCGUGAGACUGCCAAAACAAAACACGCAGGCUGAGUUAACAAAUUUUCCCACAAACCUGAAAUAGUACUUGGGAACAAGUUUCACAAUUUUAUAACCCACAGAAAUGGUCAUAAAAACCAUCCGUUAUCCAGCAAAUAAGUAUCCAGCACAUCCUUAGCAGAGUGUAGCAAAGAAUUUAUGAUUACUGGCUUAAAGCAAUUUCCGAAUAAUCCACGAUCAAAAAACAAAAUCUGUUUGUAGAUGCAUGACCUUGCUUUCAAUGUAGAAUGUAAAUUGAAGUUUCCUCUCCUUUUCAUUGGCAAUACAGUAAGAAGAAAAAUAAUCAGGAAUCGCAGUCAUUAUCACUAAUACAUCACAACACAGGUGCUCAGGGAUUAUUGCAAUGUUUUUUCGUAAUUGAUUUUUUAAAUCGUUUUUAGAAUCUUCAAAGUCGGCAAACAAAAGAUUGGAAACGGGCCGUACACGUAAAAAGCGACAAUGGGAAUCAUGGGCUCCUAACGAGAAAGAUUGUUUCUUUGAAGCACUGAAUGAACACAGCAAAGAUUUUGAUAAAAUUCAGAUCUACCUUAAGAAACGUCGCGGUGACUUAUCAGCCGCCGUUAGAAAUAAAGAUCAAGUUCGUCAUUUUUAUUACAGAACUUUAAAUAAAAUUUCCAAAUAUAUCCCAGAACCUCAAGAUCCUUCAGAUGCGAAGAAAACUCAUCACGAAGUUCGUAGUUUGAUAUGUUAUGGUGAACUACGCAAGAAGUUUCGGAGUUUGAAAGAAAAAGAUGGUAAGAAGCUGACAGAGUUAAUUUCCACUGGAAAAACAACAUUUAGAUAUCAUGGUCGAAAUGUGAAUAUUCGUGCACCGACCUGUCGAGCUUUGAAGAAACUUGCAAAUGUAUCUGAAGAACAAGAACAAAUCCCGCAGAAAAUCAUGAUUGAUCUGAUGCCAAGCGAUAAUAAAACAUGGAGUAUGAUUCAAGGUCUUGCACACAACCCACGGUUGAGGACUACUGUUUCUACUAGGAAAACUGUGUCUAGUCUGAUAACAUUUUUAGUGUCAAAGUGGAAACUACAAGAUAACAUCAAUAUCUCGUUAUCACCUUGUGUCACUCAGGUAGCUUCUAAGCAAGUUGGGAAUAAAGUUGUUGAUAGUGAAGUCGUUCCUAAACUGAAACAGGCUUGUGAAGUUAAUAAUGGACCUAGUAAUACCGAGGGAAUCUCGUGUACGGAAACACCUAAAGAUAAGAUGAAUAAGACCACGUGUUCUGGAAAGAAUGAAGCGACAUCUUCCACCAAAGCGCCGUCAUCCGCGAAUCAUUCAACCGCACAAGAUGAAGUUGAUGCAAAAGACAAAGGUGAAGACAAUCAUGUCCAAGACGCUCUGAAGCAAGAAAGUUGGAACAAAUCAAACAGUGCGAGUCUCACAAUUGCCGAUAUCUAUCGAAAGAUGAAUAAUCCUCGAAAGAUACUAUUGAGCUACAAGGCGUGUCAAGAUGAACCGUCAAAUGAAACAAAUUAUGCUUUGGAACAAUUAGUGAAGCUUGCUGGUGGUGAAUUUAGUUUUAACAAGAAAGAAGUUGGUUACAUCUCAUCAUCCAAGUCUAAGGUUGUAUCUAAAGAUACUGUAAGCAAACCAAGCAAGGUGACUAAACCAAAGUCUACAGCUAAACCUCAGAAACCUCUGGCUCCUAAACCACCGCAGGAAGUAAUUAUUCCAACUGUUGUAAGUCCGUCUAUUAUUAAUCAAGUUUCAAUCAAUUCUACAUCAAAAUCUGGCAACCAUCUGACAUUUGGCUUCACUCCUAUCGGCACUUUCCCACGACCCUCGCCAUUGCUACCGAAAGCAAGGAAGAGACAAGCAGCACGUGUUGUUGUUCAAAGAACAUUACUACCUCGACCUUUCCCAGCUGUAGUCAGUCCUACAGGGAAAGGAGCUUCCCCCAUACCAUUUGUACCAUCUCCAACAGGAUUGCCAAUCCAAAAUGGUUUGUUUAAUUCAGGUAAUUGUUACGCAUGCAGGUUUUUUGUAUGUAUUUUGAAGGAAUAGACUAAUUCGCUUUGAUUCCAGAGGUCGUUUGACUCAUUUCACACGUCGAAAUUCUGGUGUUCCUUUGUUUAAACUUCCCUUGGUUACUUAAAGGGUAAAAAGCAACGAAAAUGUUUAUAAACAUUUUUUUCUUUGUUUUAUUUGUUCUUCUAGAUUAUUACAAAAUUAAAUAAGUUUUGUCUAACGUUUCGGUUUCCUAUACGAAAACCAUUUUCAAAGACUUGAACGUUUGUUCAUUGGAUAAAAUGGAUAACCGUUGAUGUUUAUCUUAUGUCAGCUGCACGAUUGCGUGAUUUAUAAACAAUGUUAGAUAUAUAAGAUUGUUUCCACUUACAGGAAAACGUUUGUGGAAAAUGAAAACUUGAGGCAAUAUUAGGGCAAGUUAUCUUUGGAUGUGGAAGCACUGACUAAACAAACAUGGCGUCCGGUUGUUAGGAAAAUUUUUAAAAAGUUUAAAAAAAAGUUAAAACCGACCUACCCUACCUAAGUUUUAACAAGAAAAAAUAGGAAACCCACAUAUUUUUUUGGCCUUACAUUAUUUCUUACGUGAUGUAAUGGUUGUUAAAUUCGAUAUCCAGCAGUUACCAUCUUGUGUAAAUACACUAGCCAAUACUUGGGUUUCAUAUGACGCCACAAAAGUGACAGGGGGUCAACUCAAAACACAAACACAGUUAUCAGAGUGAGUCGAUUGUUCGUUUUAUGUAUUAGCCUUUGUUUGGUGACAAAUACGUGGAAUUUCGUAUCAUUUUCUCACUCCAGUACAGCAUACAUUUGAGGUUGACCGUCAGAUUCACUGCAUAAUGCCGUAGUGAAACCCAAGAAUACUUAAGUUUAUUGUACUCUGAAAUACGCAAAUGUAUUGCCACAACCUCUUGGCAAGUGUAGCUCAAUGGUUAAAGGAUAGUAGAGAUUCACUUGUAAUUGUGGGAACCAUUGAGUGUUUUAAUUAAAUACAAUACAAUACAAUAGUAACUCCGAAAACGGGUAACAUUUUGUAAAGUGUUUGUUCGACGUUUCUACUGGAUUUAGUUAUCAGAAAUGAUGAAAUUACUAUACAUAUCAUAGAUAUAUACAAGUGAAGAAAUAUGAGAAAUACUAUGUAAGGUCAUUAGUUAAUCUUUACCAUUUUCGGAGUUACUAUUGUAUUGUAUUUAAGUUCACUCUUGCUUGAGCGGUAUUGUUUUGUGCUACAGUCAUAGAUCUAAACGUUUCACAUCUUUGCCCGAAAUCACACUCGCACUGAGUAGUUAAAGUGUGAUUUCUAAAACACUUUAAAAUCUUUCUAUGAAUAUUCUCAGGGCAAGUGAAUAAACCAAGAAAGAUAUUACCAAAAGAAUCAAAUGUUCGCAACGGAGAAACAAGCACUAACGCAACCCCGCCUGCAGCAAAUCUUACGGUGGACUCGUUGAUUAAACUUGCUAUGAGUCAAGAUAUACCUGAAAAUUUAGAAAGUUUAAUUUUGUCGAAGCCAUUGAAUCUUGAUAAAACUCCAUCAGAUCAUGUUCAUACGGAGGAAAUUGACAGUGGUAUAGCUCUAGGACAUCUGAAAACUGUAAAAGAAGUUGAGAACUUAACCGAAGCUAUGAAUCAUCUGGAUAGUACGAAACACGAUACUGACGACUUACUCGAUAACUUGAAGUCCUCUGAAGACGAAGAUCCCUUCAAGUUUUUGUCUCCUUCGCAUAUACCAAGUUUUCCACCAGAGGGAUGGUUGAAUGAAGAGGUAUGUGAUAUGGGUAACAUUUAUACUUUAUUAAUAACCAACCCAGAGUCGCAAGAACUGUUCAACCUUCCUCCGGGUAAAGUUUUUCAAAUCUUCCUCAAAAUUAUGUGAAUUAUGGCUUUUUCAAAUUGCAAAAUAUAUAAAUUAGGUCUUAUUCCUAUUUCCUACUGACCAAUUUUUUUAUUUAUUUUUUUAUUUUUAAACUUUACCAACAUAAAAUGUGCACACAAACAUGACAGUAUAACAGCAAACAUGUACGUCAUUGAAUCUAACAACGAAUGGCGGGGACCUUGGCCUUGAGACCUUGUACUGCCUCGGCACUGAAAUGUUUUUUGACAAUGAUUGUUGAAUGAUAAUUUACCAGUGUUUCUUGCAUAUUUUCCUUGUUUAACUAGUAGAACCGAACGUACAAGUGCAUCAGAAGACUAAGCGAGAGUUUUGUGUAGAAAUGCUGUGUUUACGGCAAGUUAUUUUGCAUUCGCAAGCGUCAACAAAAUCCGGCAUUUUCACAGACUCACAGUUUGAUUAUCAUGUCGAUAGAUGCUUUGAAAAUUCAACUGAAAACAUUUUAAACCACCCGUAUUUGUAUAGAAUAUAUGUUAGUUGUAUUAACAUUGAACUUCUUUCUGUUUGAACCCAAAUUUGUACUUGCUGUUCAAACGAGAUAUUCUAUACACUGGAAACGUAGAGUACAUUUUACUUUGUCUCAAGCAAAAAAAUUAUAAAGAUUAAACAGGCAUUCAAAAAUAUACAACAACCACAAAUAUCUCGUUAUUUCUUCGGGGAAAUCUUCAAGUUUCAAUAGAAAUCUGACGCAUGCGCAACAAAUUUCCCAGCUGUUCUCACAUAUGAUAAACUUUCCUCACGGUUCUACCUGCAUACCCGCAGCUUUUUUGCAACUCUGUACCGACCUUUGCAUAUAUGUACCUGGAGAUUAAUAGUACAAGCACUUCUACUACAGGUAUACGGUAAUAAAAACUCGGACAAUCUUCUCCAAAACGAGGCUUGAAACUCAAACUUUCUCCGCAAUUAUAUAUUUCAGAAUAUGCUUUGCGGAAAUUGUGCGGGCAAAUUGUGAAAACUAACUGUAAAAGAAAUAAAAUACUUGAUUGUUAUUUUUCCAUCCAUCAACACGCCAUUAAAAACAUGCUUUAAAAUGGUUAUAUUGUUGUUCAGAAAUGAUGCAUGGAAAGACAAAACCAACAAUCUUCUGGGUUGGGGGGUUUGGGGGUUUGGUGGAAGUUGGUAGUGUUCUCCUUCUAAAAAUAGAUUACAAUGCUUGUACCCUGUGUACCAGGUACGUUCGAUCAAUGGGAAAUAUGGGCGGCAGAUGCGAUUUUGUUCUUUUUACCGCCGAGUUAAGCCUAGUACUGUACAUCGUAGCUUACUAAAGUAGUUUAAUUUUAAUUGCAGAGUACGGACUUUUCGCUUGGUACGCUGUUCUGUAAGUUAUUUUCAUCUUUAAUGUCGGGCAUACAUCUUAUUUUGCGAGAUGUUGAGAAGUUUUCCUUGAUUUGUGCUAUUUUUUUCAGCUCAUCUGGAAACUUCGCCAGUGAAACAAAAACCAAGCAGUGUUCUCGUAAGUCAAUUUUAUUUUUCAUGUUGUUCGUUAGUUUUUCGUUUUCAAUUUUUUUUCUAUCUGAGCAUGAUUCGUAAGGCCCGGUCACACCACACAACGAUAACGAUACGAUAACUUGUAUACGCCCGAUGAUUGCUCAAAAAUUUAUCGUUAUCGCCCGACUGAAAUUUUAUCAUUUUCGUUAAUGUAGUGUGGACACCAACGUAUUUUUUUUGCCAAUUAUCGCGUGUUUACAAAUUAUCGUUGUGUAGUGUGACCGGGCCUUUCUUUACACAGCAGAAAACGCCUAGCCUGUAACAAUGUUGUUGAAAACAGGCCUGAACAAUAUUUUGCUGCCCAUAUUGUUCCUGCUGAACAAUAUUGUUAACAACCAGGAACAACAUGGGCAGCAAAAUAUUAUUCAGGCCUGUUUUCAACAACAUUGUUACAGGCUAGGCGUUUUUUGCUGUGUACAUAACCACUAACAUGCUGUAUGUUUCACUUUGUCGAUAUUUUUCUCUCUCAUUACGAAAUUCGUAAUUUUAGCUUCGGAAACUGAAAAAUUUUGACAAUUCUGAUAUUUUCCCGUCUUAAUAGGAUACCCCGAAGAAAGCUGGGGCAGCAAGUUACUCUGGCUCAAAGUAUUCUCAAGUACGUAACCAAAUACUUCAUGUUAGUCUGCAUAUUUGUUAAACUCAAUUUUUUUAAAAGUUUGUUACGGUAGUUUUUAUUUUUGAAAGUUGUUUACGACCAUAUACUGUAAGCAAAACUCGUUUCUGUUUGUUUGUUUGUUUGUUUGUUUGUUUGUUCGCGCUACGAACGCGUGCUACAGUAGUCCUACAAACGUUUCAUGUGAUUGAGGUUUGAAUUCAAAAUUCCAUUAAUUUCUGAAACCGGGAUCAUAUACCCAGGUCCCACAACUACAAAACGGCCAGAGGCUGUAGUUGUUAUAUCGUGCGCAGUGUUCGGAUUGAAUAUUCGUGCGUGAAACUGAAUGUUAUCCGAAUGUACGCAGAAUUAUUGAUUACGUCAUUUGAAAAGAUGUAAAACGAUGUGAUUGUGAAGUGGCCUUAGUUUAUCUCUUGUUGUAAACGUUUCCUAUGGGUAUAUGCGUUCACUAAGUUGAAAUAUUUAAGAAGGCAAAAGAGAUCUUAGACGUCAGUUCCUGUCUCUUUCUAUUGUUUUUGCGCGGUUAACACGAAGCUGGCAAGGAGUGUGCCGAAAUUUCGUAUUUUGACGUCGAUUUAAAGAAUAACACUAUAGUUUUAUCAAUUGAUAACUUGUUUAGCGAUACGGUCCGUUAGAAAAAACUAGACUGAGCUGGGAAAAUGGUAUUAAAAUUCCACCAACACAGAAAAAAUCAAGGUAUUAAAACUGUUUACGAGCUACGACCUUCAUAGAUAUUGGACGUCAAUUUCCGCCAUCUUGGCUUCACUUUUCUCAUUGACCGAAUGAUUCAAGCUGGAGUAAUACGAGCAACAAAAUUGCUGCAACUUGCAACAAAAUCUGAUUUCAACGCAUGUUAAGUAGAAAUAUUGAAACAUGUUGUCUCGCGAUUUGUAAUUUAUGUUAGACAUUUUCAAUGGACCAUUUGCAUUUUGAUCUAGACAAAAAUUUCAUCACAUCUUGAAAGAGCAUCACAAAAUUAGUAAUAUUCCAAAGUUUCGUUGCGAAAUGUUGUAAAAUACGGAUAAUAUAGCCAUGCGAAGUUUGCAAUUUUCAGUCAUUUUCUAUUACAAACGGGAAAUUGAUGCCCCAACACCCGAUUGGGCUGUCAAUUUCCCGUGCGCAAUACAAAAUGACUGAAAAACGGCAAAUUUCGCAUGGCUAUAUUAUCCGCAUUUUACAACAUUUCGUAACGAAACUUUGGAAUGUUACUAAUUUUGUGAUACUCUUUCAAGCUGUGAUGAAAUUUUUGUCUAGAUCAAAAUUUAGUCUAUAAUGCAAAUGGUCCAUUAACAUGCAUAGAAAUCAGAUUUUGUUGCAAGUUGCAGCAAUUUUGUUGCCGGUAUUACUCCACCUUCAAGUUCUUGCUCCAGAUAUAUAGAGAGCUCACACUGAUUCCCGCUUGAUAAUGACGACAUUUUCUUUAGGCUGCUCCGAUGUUCUGCGACAUGAUGGAUGAAAAUAGUGUGGAUUAUGUGAAGAAGUUUCGUGAUUUGGCGAAGAAAAUGGGAAAUGAUCAAGAAUCCAGUUCUUCAGAUAAUGUUGACUGUGGACCUUCAAUUAGUUUUAAAUCACUUCUAUCAGAAGCUUCGAAGUAAG